AUGGGGUGUGUUCAAGGCAAGGGUUAUGAUUUCUCUCCAAAGAGACUUGAGAGGAUGAAAGUUAAUAAUGGUUAUGUCAAAGGAAGUAGAGUUGAAAAGCAACACAUGCAAAAACGACAACAACAACAAACGAGGGAUUUGGAUCGAGUUCGAGAACAAGAAGGGAUCAAUGGGAGGAUUAAUCAUGUGGUUGAAGAAGAGAAGAGAAUUAUUGGUAUAAAUCAAAAGGAGAAGAUCAAAGGAAGGGAUGGAAUUGGAAACGGAGUGGCAGUUAGAAUAGGAAAUGAUAAUUCACAAAGAGGUACAAGUGGUAAUGGUAGGAAAAUAGGAGGAGAUGAAUUGGUGGAUGGAUGGCCAAAAUGGCUUGUUGAUAAUAUUCGUAAAGAGGUUUUGGUUGGUUUAGUUCCAAAGACUGCUGAUUCAUAUGAUAAGCUUGCUAAGGUAGGGCAAGGGACAUAUAGCAAUGUGUAUAAAGCUAAAGAUAGGAAGACUGGGAAAAUAGUAGCCUUAAAGAAGGUUAGAUUUGAUACAUCUGAACCAGAGAGUGUGAAGUUCAUGGCAAGAGAGAUCAUAAUAUUGAAGAGACUUGAUCAUCCAAAUAUUAUCAAGCUUGAAGGAUUAGCCACAUCAAGAAUGCAAUAUAGUCUUUAUUUGGUUUUUGACUUCAUGGAAUCUGAUUUAACUAAACUUAUCAAUCGCACUGAAGGAAGGCUCACUGAGCCUCAGGUAAAACGUUACAUGGAGCAAUUGCUCUCUGGACUUCUACAUUGCCAUGAGAGAGGAAUAUUGCAUAGGGAUAUUAAGGGGUCAAAUUUGCUAAUAGACAAAAAUGGGGUGCUCAAAAUUGCUGAUUUUGGACUUGCAAACUUUUACCAAACAAAGACAAAGAGGCCCCUAACAAGUAGAGUUGUGACACUUUGGUACAGAGCACCAGAGCUACUUUUUGGUUCCACUGAUUAUAGUGUUGGGAUUGAUCUUUGGAGUGCUGGUUGCCUUUUGGCUGAAAUGUUUGUUGGAAGGCCUAUUAUGCCUGGUAGGAAUGAGGUAGAGCAACUUCACAAGAUAUUUAAGUUGUGUGGUUCACCACCAGAGGAAUAUUGGAAGAAAGUGAAGCCACCAACAACAUUUAGGCCACCACAGCAAAAGCCUAGUUUUGGACAAGCGUUCCCCAGUUUGCCUCAUUCUGCUUUUCCCCUUUUAUACACACUUCUGUCUGUGGAGCCUCACUUCCGUGGCACUGCUGCUACUGCUCUCCAAAAUGAAUUCUUUACAACAAGUCCAUUAGCAUGUGGGCUCUCUGAACUGCCUGUCAUCAAAGUAGAAGAGGAUGGGCCUCCCCAAUCCAUUGAUAUCACAAGAAGGAAGAAAUCUUCAAAAGGCAAACGGGUUCGAAAAAAUAGGGAGGGCAAUAGAAAAUUGCUCUCCAAUAUUUCUGAACACUCAACAGAGGAAAAGCAAGGGGAGUCAAGUAACAAAAGCCAAGAGAUUGGUACUCAUAGUGGUGCAAGUAGCAGUACUUCAUUUUCCUUGAGCAUAAAAUCAAGCAUGAAUAAUCAAAGCCCUCCUCCUUCACCUACUCCAUCUUUCAAAUUCAGAAACAUAAAUCAAUCUGCUAAAACUGAGGCACAUCCUAAUGCUCUCAAGAACAUCAAGAAUUAUCCCAUUUUAUUAGCCUCUAUUACUGAAGCUGCUAAGCAUUAUGAAGACAACAGAUUGAGCCUCAAUCGUAGGUCCAUCUCCAACAUUGAUUUCAGAAAUCAUCAUGAUCUUAUGGACCACAAGAUCUCUAAGCUGUUCGGCUUAGAAGAUACUAAUUAAUUUGUGAAGCUCCUGACAGAGGGUAGGUCAAGGUGACUAAUAGACUUCUAGGCUGGCAAGUUUUUAAAGAUGGUGUGCACAUGACAUCUUCGGCGAACCUAACAUCAGAAUGGGGAGGAAAAUGAAGAGUUUUAUAAAGCAUAGCUCAAAUUUACAUGGUACAUGCGCUUUUCGAGCUCGAUAUAUAGCCUGAAGAAGUAAUCCAUGCGAGCCUAAACCCAUAGUGUGAACAAUACGUAUCGUGUGAACCUCGAUAGUUAGAUCAUUAAUUAUUAGAAAAGUUGUUCUUUUUUGGUUUAGACGUACUGUUGAUGGACUAAGUGUAUUACUAUUACUAAUUACUUGAUGAAAUAAAAAGUACAAUUAUGCAAAAGAUUUUCUUGCAUACCUAAAUUAUUGAAUAGUGAUUUUCUUUUGGAUAUGCUUAAUUAAACAGAUUUUGGUAUAACUAACAGAUACAUGAAAGAGACCGGUGUUAUAUAUCAAGCCUAAUAUAAUAGCUUGAAAACUAGAAUAUAAUCUGAUAGAACUCAUGAUCAUUUUAUUGCAUAACUAAUAUUUUU